AUGCAGCACUCAGGAAUGGAGCUGAUGUUCCCAGCGGAUGAAGCGCUCGUGAACGGGGAUGCGACAGAGCACGCGGAGUGCGACCCUGCUAAGAAAAAGAAGAAAAAAAAGAGAAAGAAGCAGAAAGCUGCGGCUUGGGCAGGACAAGCUGAACUAGGGGAGGAUGGCGUUGUUGAGGACACGAGGAAGUCACUACAGCAGCAGAGCUUGGAGGAAAGACAGAGAGACGAGGAUGGAGAAGAAGAUGGAGAAGAUGAAGACAGUUCUGCAGGGAAAAAAAAGAAAAGGAAGACGAAGAAAAAGAGUGGCCCUAAAGCACAGACUGAUCCUCCUUCUGUGCCGAUAUGUGAGCUUUACCCAAAUGGCGUGUUUCCUCUCGGAGAGGAGUGCGAAUAUCCUUCGUCACAGGAUGGGCGGAGCGCUGCAUGGCGGAUGAGCUGCGAGGAGAAGCGCGUUCUAGACGAAGCCGGGGAGGACAUGUGGAACGAUUUCCGGCAGGCCGCUGAGGCGCAUCGGCAGGUACGACAGUACGUCAAGAGCUGGAUCAAACCAGGCCUGACCAUGAUAGACAUCUGUGAGCGUCUGGAGGAGUGCAGUAGGAAGCUGAUUAAGGAGGAUGGACUGAAAGCAGGGUUGGCGUUUCCUACCGGCUGCUCACUAAACAACUGCGCUGCUCAUUACACACCCAACACUGGAGACCCCACUGUGCUGAAGUAUGACGACGUGUGCAAGAUCGACUUUGGCACCCACGUCAACGGAAGGAUUAUUGACUGUGCCUUUACUGUCACCUUUAAUCCAAAGUAUGAUCGUCUCCUCGAGGCUGUAAAAGAUGCCACUGACACCGGAAUCAAGUGUGCAGGCAUUGAUGUGCGUCUCUGUGAUGUUGGAGAGUCCAUACAGGAAGUGAUGGAAUCAUAUGAGGUGGAGUUAGAUGGGAAAACAUACCAAGUUAAGCCAGUCCGCAACCUGAAUGGUCAUUCCAUUGGUCAGUACCGGAUUCAUGCUGGCAAAACAGUUCCUAUUGUAAAGGGCGGUGAAGCCACCAAAAUGGAGGAAGGCGAGGUGUAUGCUAUUGAGACGUUUGGCAGUACGGGGAAAGGAGCUGUGCAUGAUGACAUGGACUGUUCCCACUACAUGAAGAACUUUGAUGUAGGCCACGUUCCCAUCAGGCUACCAAGAGCCAAACACUUACUGAACGUAGUGAACGAGAACUUCGGCACUCUGGCGUUCUGUCGCCGCUGGCUGGACCGGCUUGGUGAGAGCAAGUACCUGAUGGCACUGAAGAACCUCUCUGACCUGGGCAUCAUCGACCCCUACCCACCGCUCUGUGAUGCCAAGGGUUCUUACACGGCUCAGUAUGAACACACCAUCCUGCUCAGGCCCACGUGCAAGGAGGUGGUGAGCCGAGGAGACGACUACUGA